AUGCAACACUUGCCAUUUGCUCCCGGAGCCGGCCCAGGAAAGGCAGUCAAACCUUUCAAGUGGUCUUAUUGCAAUCCAAAGAACCCCGGUAUCAUCAGAAUAAAUAAACUACAAGUAUCCCCAUCUCCACUUCCCUCACCUGGAAUAUUUUAUGUAACGAUGGAAGAAGAAACACUCGCGCCUCUUAAUUCCUCUAAAGUCCAACUUUCAGUGAAAAAGUUGGGUUUUAUCAAUGUUCCAGUGCCAUGCAUUACCAAAUUUGGUUCCUGCACUUACGGAGACACUUGUACUUUAUUGGAUGAAAUGGAAAAGGAAAAUUAUGCCGGUUUACUUGGUCCAAUUGCUACUGCACUUAAAAAUAUAUAUCACAAAAAAGGCUUGCGUUAUAAAUGCCCUGUGCCCCGACAAAAAAUCAAGGUAACAAAGGAAAAGUUUCCUCUUCCGGCUACUUCAUCUGUCAUGAAAACAUUCCUGCAGGGAGACUUUAAAGCCACUAUCAAACUGAUUGACAACAAAAGCAACAAAGAGUUUUUCUGCAUAAAUGUUGAGAUGUCUGUAAGUACUGGUUGUACUGGCUGGCUGUGUGGAAGACGCUGA